AUGCCUGGAGUGAGUAGAUUUAAAGUAAAAAUGGAAGUCCUAACAGUUUUCUGCACAUUCCUCCUCUGUUCUUUUGGAGUUGUUUUCUCCACACAGGGGCAAAAAUAUCUCACAGGCCUCCAGACAAGUUUAGCAUUUAGAAAUCUCUCAUUUAAUCAUCACAGCAGAUACCCAAUGUACAUGAUGCAGCUGUACCGCUCCUUCAGGACUGCUGAUUCCUCAGUUGCUGUCAUUACAACACAAGGUGACACUUUGUUACCACGCAGUUCUGACUCCGUCACCAGUCUGAUGGCCAGAGGUUGCUAUCAAGUUGGUGAAAGAUGGACCGUCACGUUUGACAUGUCCUCCAUCUCUACCAGUGACCUUGUCCAGCUGGCAGAGCUUCGGAUCAGACUACCUGCUUUCUCCCGCUCUAAGCAUGCCAUUGUGGAUUUAUAUCACUCCAGAAAGCAGAGCUGUGACCUGGGCAGCACAUCAUGCCAGGAUGAGCAGCUUUUCCUGGGCAGCUUUGACACAUCAGCCAGCAGCACAAAGUCUUCCUGGAAGGUUUUUAAUGCGACUGCGCUGUUAAAAUAUUGGUUGUAUCAGGGAGACGGAGCAUCGAGCCAAGAGGCCUCAGGAGAGCCUGAGGGGGACCAUGGGAGCGGUGCUGGUGAUGAAGGGGAGAAGUCCCUCUUCAAAAAUUUGGGAUUAAAGCAAAGAAAAAUACACCAUCCAACCACAAACCGGGUCAUGAUGGUCAUCUUCUCUAAACAUAACAUGCCCCAGGAAGGCCAGGCAGCAUACAGCCUCAUUCACACUGUGGAGAACUCAAAGUAUGUGACAAUGGACAGAGUGAGCAGUGACCGCCAAAGUCGACGCCACAAAAGGAACAGAAUGGAGAGGAUGAGGGUGGCUGCAGGAGCUUCACCCACUGUUGCUGCACCAGCAGCAGAGCCGGCCCAGAGGCCGCUGUGUCGGAGAGUAGACAUGUGGGUGGACUUUGACCACAUCGGCUGGGACGAGUGGAUAGUGCACCCUAAACGCUACAAUGCAUUUCGCUGCGAGGGAGAGUGUCCUUCACCACUGGAUGAGUCCUUCAGCCCCACCAAUCACGCAUACAUGCAGAGCCUUCUGCAACAUCACCAUCCUGAAAGAGUGUCCUGUCCGUCCUGCGUGCCAACGCGCCUCAGCCCGCUCUCCAUGCUGUACUACGAGCACGACGAUUUGGCCCUGCGGCAUCAUGAGGACAUGAUUGUUGAAGAGUGCGGAUGUCACUGA